UUUGUUUCCACAUGCAUAUCUCUUUCCCAUUUUGUAACACAUGUUCCAAAUAUCGUCCAUUCAAGAACUGGCCAUGAUGAUUUCUCUCUCUGCACCUGCACAUAAUUGUAGCCUCACUGUAGCAGUUAGCAGAAGUGUUGGUCGAACCCCACUUCACAAUAAUGUUAAUUUGACAACAAAACCAUUAAGUUUUAACUGCAAUCUCAGCUCUCCCCUCCACUUAAUCCCCACAUUUUCAGCAAAUUCUGCUUCCCACAGGUCCUUUGCUAUCUCCAGCUCCACAGAGACUCCAGUGGUGAGUGAGGACACCAUCAAUGUGUUAGAUGAUGUUCAAGUAUUUGAUCUGAAAGGACAAGGAGUACCUAUUUCGGAUCUGUGGAAAGAUAGGAAAGCAGUCGUUGCCUUUGCUCGUCAUUUUGGAUGCGUCCUUUGUCGCAUAAGAGCUGAUUAUCUUGCAGCUGAGAAGGAUAAGAUGGAUGCAGCGGGAGUUGCACUUGUUUUAAUUGGACCUGGUAGUGUUGAUCAGGCCAGAACAUUCUAUGAGCAAACAAAGUUUAAAGGAGAGGUUUAUGCUGAUCCGAGCUAUAGGUCUUAUGAGGCUUUAAAAUUUGUGUCAGGCGUUACGACCACAUUCACUCCCGGGGCAGGUCUGAAAAUAAUACAAGCAUACAUGGAUGGCUAUAGACAGGAUUGGGAGCUUUCUUUUGAAAAGGACACCAGGACACGAGGUGGCUGGCGACAAGGAGGAAUUAUCGUUGCAGGUCCUGGUAAAAAUAACAUCACAUACAUACACAAGCUUGUCAGGGCUUGUCUCCUCAUGCCCCAGCUCCCGUUGAAAAUGGAACAAAAUGACGGAAAAGAAGUUAUAGGUAUCUGAUGAAAUACUACACUAGGUGGAACCAAGAAUGGAGAAUUUUACUUUGACAAACAAUGCUGCCGCAUUUGAGCUAUCUAGCUCAUUGUCAUUUUGGACUUCAUGAAGACAGGACUAUAUGAGAAUAACAUUUAUGCUACGUACUGAGGGACUCGGCUUAGACUUAGACCUUUCUUUCAACACCAUUUAGCUUUUUACACAACUAAAGUAGAUUACUUCCCGGUUUAUUUUGUCCUAUGAAACUUUACUAAUUCUCUGUUAUCAUCUACCCG